AUGCCUAGUCCAUGUGGAGCUGCAACUGGAGGAGAGCUGUGCGGAGGCGCAGGACGGGGAGCUGGACGGGCUGUGGACGACCAUCACCAUCUUCAUCACACUCUUCCUGCUAAGCGUGUGCUACAGUGCCACCGUCACCUUCUUCAAGGUGAAGUGGAUCUUCUCCUCGGUGGUGGACCUGAAGCAGACCAUCAUCCCCGACUACAGGAACAUGAUCGGGCAGGGGGCCUAGGGCCACUCUCUGCGGGGUGUCCAGGGCCGCCCAGACCCCACACAGGAGCCGUGGGCCAUGCUCAGCCACCACCCAGGCCACACCUGCCCCCUGACCUCACCGCCCUCAACCCCAUGGCUCUCUGGCCUCCCGGUCGCCCUCUGACCCCUGACACGCCCCCCUUCCAGACCCUGUGCAUAGCAGGUCUACCGCAGACCUCUGCUGCUUGGUGCAUGCAGGGCGCUGGGGCCAGGUGUCCCCUCAGCAGGACGUCCCUGCCCUCCGGACCGCCAGGUGCUCACACAAAAGGAGGCAGCGACCGGCAUCCCAGGCCCCCACCCAGGCAGGAGCUGGCCCUGGAGCCAACCCCGUCCACGCCAGCCUCCUGAACACAGGCGUGGUUUCCAGAUGGUGAGUGGGAGCAUCAGCUGCCAAGGUAGGGAAGCCACAGCACCACCAGGCCCUGCUGGGGAGGCUUCGGAGAGCUGCGAAGGCUCACUCAGACGGCCUUCCUCCCAGCCCGCAGCCAGCCAGCCUCCAUUCCGGGCACUCCCGUGAACUCCUGACGAGAGGAAUGAGGUUGUUCUGAUUU